CACUUCCUGCAGGUGGUGAAGGACAACAGGGAUUAUUAUGCCAACCUCCAUGCUGCUUUCUACCGGGAGGAAGAUGCCUGUAGGAGGCUCCUGGAAAACAAAGAUGCCGUAGAUUGGGACAAAGCCUUCCAGCUGCAAGGUCUUCAGGAUGGUCUCUAUCAUGCUGUGAAAGUCAUGGCAGAGGCUAGACGUGUCCACAUGGAGCCCUAUUUCUAUCAGGUAGCACUGCACCCAGAUGCCGCCACGUUUUGUCAGAACCAGCUCAGAAGUGAGCCCCUUCACCUGGGGACCCUCAGCCCGUCUCAUGCAGCCCUGCUCAAUGACACCUGGGCUUUUGCAAGCAACGAUCGGAGCCUGCGCUAUCUCAGAAGCCUGACCGAGAACUUCCCAAAUGCUUGUCUUUUAGACGAGGAAAGCCAGCCGGUUGCCUGGUGCCUAAGUGAUGCCGUUGGGAGUAUGGCACAUGCCUAUACCCUUCCCAAAUAUCGGAAAAAGGGUCAUAUGAAAACAGCCACCCUGAACGGCAGCACUCAAUGGCAGCCAAUGCUGGCUGGAAGUAGAGGCCUGAACCUCACCCUCAACCCUAGUGUUAGAUCGCGCAGGCAGCUCAGAAGUGAGCCCCUCCACCUGGGGACCCUCAGCCCGUCUCAUGCAGCCCUGCUCAAUGACACCUGGGCUUUUGCAAGCAACGAUCGGAGCCUGCGCUAUCUCAGAAGCCUGACCGAGAACUUCCCAAAUGCUUGUCUCUUAGACGAGGAAAGCCAGCCGGUUGCCUGGCCCAUGCAGCUGACCUGA